AUGCUCGUGUGUCCAAUACGAUGCUCAACCUCGUUGUCGCUUUCCCGCCGAUCCGCGCCGGCGUUCCGCUGUGGCGGUGCGAGGAAGAACAUUGAUGCGGUGGCGGUGCGAUACCCUUGUUCUCCGCACUCCAACUGCACCAACUCUCUAAAGAAGAUACCAAUACGAAUAUCGAGAGGAAUAAUGAUGGCGCGACCUUACACCCGCAUCCUCGACUUCUGGUUCAGCCCCAAAUCCUCCCCAACCUACCUCCAAGAAAAACCCUUCUGGUACGGCAGCCCAUCCGACGACGCAUACGUCCGCCAUCACCUCAGCGCAGACUACGAAUCCGCCCAAUCCGGCUCUCUAGAUGACUGGCAGCACCUAGGCGACGGCGAGGGCGCGCUUGCCCUAAUCUUACUCCUCGACCAGGUCCCCCGGAAUAUCUUCCGAGGUUCGCCGCGGGCGUAUGCCACGGAUAACAAAGCCGUAGCCGUGGCGCGGUAUGCGGUGCUGGACCGUGGGUGGGAUCGUGGCAUGCCGACUAUUCAGAGGAGGUAUAUGUAUUCGCCGUUUAAUCAUUCCGAGCAUAUUAAGGAUCAGGAGGUGUCGGUGAGGUUGUUUACGGAGUUGGGGGAUGGGUAUCAUUUGCAUUGGGCGAGGAAUUUUUAUGAGCAGAUUAAACGGGAUGGAAGGUUUAAGCAUAGGGAUACGGUGUUGGGGAGGAAGUAA